AUGCCCAUCUUAAAUGGCAGUGCCGCAACAGAAUUCAUUUUGCUGGGGUUCACGGAUCGCCCAGAGCUCCAGCCUGUCCUCUUUGUGCUGUUCCUGGCCAUUUACCUCAUCACCCUCUCAGGCAACCUGGGCAUGGUGGUGUUGAUCCAGCUGGACUCUCGCCUGCACACACCCAUGUACUUCUUCCUCAGGAACUUGGCCUUCGUGGACUUGUGUUACACCUGCAAUGCAACUCCACAGAUGCUGAGGAAUUUCUUAUCAGAGAGGAAGACCAUCUCCUUUGGGGGCUGCUUUACACAGUGCUUCAUUUUCAUUGCUCUUCUCCUCACAGAGUUUUACAUACUGGCUGCAAUGGCCUAUGACCGCUAUGUGGCCAUAUGUGACCCUCUGCGCUACAGUGUGAAAAUGUCCAGGAGAGUGUGCAUCUGCUUGGCCACAUGUCCUUAUGUGUAUGGUUUUUCUGAUGGGCUCUUCCAGACCAUUCUGACCUUCCGCAUGACCUUCUGUAGGUCCAAUGUCAUCAACCACUUCUACUGUGCUGACCCACCGCUCAUCAAGCUCUCCUGCUCUGACACUCACAUCAAAGAGCACGCCAUUUCCAAAAUGCCCAUCUUAAAUGGCAGUGUUGUAACAGAAUUUGUUUUGCUGGGGUUCACGGAUCGCCCAGAGCUCCAGCCUGUCCUCUUUGUGCUGUUCCUGGCCAUUUACCUCAUCACCCUCUCAGGCAACCUGGGCAUGGUGGUGUUGAUCCAGCUGGACUCUCGCCUGCACACGCCCAUGUACUUCUUUCUCAGGAACUUGGCCUUCGUGGACUUGUGUUACACCUGCAAUGCAACUCCACAGAUGCUGAGGAAUUUCUUAUCAGAGAGGAAGACCAUCUCCUUUGGGGGCUGCUUUACACAGUGCUUCAUUUUCAUUGCUCUUCUCCUCACAGAGUUUUACAUACUGGCUGCAAUGGCCUAUGACCGCUAUGUGGCCAUAUGUGACCCUCUGCGCUACAGUGUGAAAAUGUCCAGGAGAGUGUGCGUCUGCUUGGCCACAUGUCCUUAUGUGUAUGGUUUUUCUGAUGGGCUCUUCCAGACCAUCCUGACCUUCCACAUGACCUUCUGUAGGUCCAAUGUCAUCAACCACUUCUACUGUGCUGACCCACCGCUCAUCAAGCUCUCCUGCUCUGACACUCACAUUAAAGAGCACGCCAUGCUCAUCUCGGCUGCAUUCAACCUCUCCAGCUCCCUCACCAUCAUCCUGGUGUCCUAUGUCUUCAUCAUCACGGCCCUCCUCAGGAUGAAAUCAGCAGAGGGAAGGCGCAAGGCAUUCUCCACCUGUGGAUCUCACGUGGUGGCUGUCACCUUGUUUUAUGGGACUCUCUUCUGCAUGUAUGUAAGACCACCAACAGAAAAGACUGUUGAGGAAUCCAAAAUAAUAGCUGUCUUCUACACCUUUGUAAACCCAUUGCUUAAUCCCUUGAUCUACAGUCUGCGGAACAAAGAUGUAAAGCAGGCCUUGAAGACUGUCCUCAGAAGAAAUGUCAUCAGGACAAUGUCAACCCCUCCACUUGCACAUAAACCCUAA